AUGGAGUUUCUCUGUUACUUCUUCAUGGCAUGGACAUCAGUGUUCCUCUAUCACAUAGCGGAGUAUAUGUACAAACGAUAUAAGAAGGCUCAAGAGAAGAAUCGUGAAGACGAGCGAGUCCGAGAUCAGCAAAUGAUCGAGUUCAAGAAACAGUUGGUUACCCACGUAUUAAAGGAGCUCACCCCGCAACAAGUACACGCAGGGGAACCAAAUCAGAAAAAGAACAAACCCAAAGGAUCCCGCAAAAUUAAAAAGCGUUUCUUCUAA